AGACUUGUUUCCCUUUAAAGAUGAAAAAUGGAAGCCUCCUUGUUGAGACUUAUCUGUUCCAAAAUCUCUUCAAGGACACGAUUUUUUAAUUUGACAUUAUGCAAUGGUAGGAUACCGAAUAUUCUUUAUAUAAAAUACAUGGGUUUAGGGAACGUGUUUAGUUAAGGGCUCUUCAAUACACAGACUGACUGGCAUGCCCGAAUCAUUUACCUGUUCACUGUUCUUUGUUUUUUUGUUUUUUUUUAAAUAAAAUAAUCUCAGACUCUCACUCUCCUCAGAGGAGCCUAAUCUACUACUACUACUACUACUACUACUAACUUCUACUACUACUAACCCCCUGGUGCAAGUGUAGCGCCCAGUAGAUGCUUUAGUAAAAAAAAAAGUAAUUUCAAAAAUAAAAGUAUCAGUUCAGUAUUACUGAGUAAACUUUAAAAUAUGAAGGCAAAGCCAACUUUCGGGUAAAAGUGCAGUUCAGGUGCAUAUAUUAUUUCUUAACGCAUUUCGUAUUUUAAAAUUUUUUUAUAAUGUAAACUUACGUGUAUUCUUUAAUAAUUAAAUACAGGCAGUUAUAGUUAACUAAUUCUGAAUUAUAAGUGGCAUCUUUUCUUUUUAUUUUACUUCUAAAGAGUCUUUAACCAUCCCCCAACCAAAGUGACAUAGCCCCAUUUGUUUGUAUUUUUCUAUGCCAGAUUUUUAGCCACCUAUAAGUUAGUAUGCUAAACGAAAUUUUCAAACUGUAAGCAAAAAAGAAUGAAAUACUAGAUUUUUCAUUACGCGCAAGCCCCCCCCCCCCUUCUCUUUUUUCCUCUCAGAGCGCUCGGAAUAUAGGGGUUGUCCUUUGAAGUCGGGUCGGGGAGGGGGGGGGGAUAUUAGAAGUGGAUCACUGUCUAAGGCAGUGGACACACACGUCAUCAUUGUCCUGGGCCUGCGGGGAAGCGGAAAAAAGAAAAUGGGGGGGGGGGGAUAUUAGAAGUGGAUCACUGUCUAAGGCAGUGGACACACACGUCAUCAUUGUCCUGGGCCUGGAGGGAAGCUGAAAAAAGAAAAGGGGGGGGGGGGUGCACGAAUUCGUGCCAAUGUGUGAUCAUGUGUCCACUUUAAAAAAUAUAUAUAUUUGUGACGUUGCACAAAUGGGGGAAAUCGGAAUGAUAGCGUGGGGUCAUUUUGAUAGUCAUCUCAUUCUGAAGGCUGCUAAUACGGUGUCCGUGAUUGGUCAUCUCUAAUUUGAGUACCCCUCCUCUUUUUUCGUAUGCAAAUGCGCUUAUUAAUAGUGACUGAUUUGCGCUGAGUAAAGUGAGGGUGAGGGCUAGUGAUUAGUAAUAAGACGGACUCGUUUUGCGGUAUUGCUGGUAGUGGAAUCAUUUUGUUAAAAAUGGCAGGACGACCAAGAAUGUUUAUCCAACGGAAAUUUUUAGCAUUUGGUUUAUACGCGCACUUUGUGAGACAACAAAUAACGUUAAUACAACUAUGGAAUUUCUCGUAAGGCACUCGUAACCAUUGCUAUGUGGCUUGUAAACUGGCUACAUAUGUCAAGUAUGUGAGUUCCUUAUAAUUACCGGGAUCUGGAUCUCACCAGAAACGGGAACUCACCGUAACCAGUAUCCCACCGGGAUCGGAAACCCACUGGAUCAGGAUCCCACCGGCAUCAGGAUCUCACUGGGAUCAAGAUCCUAUCGGGAUCGGAAUCUCACCGGGAUCGGGAUCUCACCGGAAAUGGGAUCCCACCGGAUUGGGAUCUCAUUUAGUUUGGGAUACCACCGAAAACGGGAUUUCACCGGGAUCGGAAUCCCACCAUGACCAGGAUUCUACCAGAAUCUGGAUCCCAUCGGGAUCGGGAUCCCAUCAUGAUCCUUCUGGGUGCCAUCGGAAAACGGGGAAAACGAAAUGUUUACAUAAGUUAUUUGUUAUUUAAUUUUAAGUGGUUUUAUAUGAGACAAAUUAAUUAAUUUUUUGUAAACUGGCUACAUAUGUCAAGUAUGUGAGUUCCUUAUAAUUACCGGGAUCUGGAUCUCACCAGAAACGGGAACUCACCGUAACCGGUAUCCCACCGGGAUCGGAAACCCACUGGAUCGGGAUCCCACCGGCAUCAGGAUCUCACUGGGAUCAAGAUCCUAUCGGGAUCGGAAUCUCACUGGGAUCGGGAUCUCACCGGAAAUGGCAUCCCACCGGUUUGGGAUCUCAUUUAGUUUGGGAUACCACAGAAAACGGGAUUUCACCGGGAUCGGUAUCUUACCGGGAUCGGAAUCCCACCAUGACCAGGAUUCUACCAGAAUCUGGAUCCCAUCGGGAUCCCAUCAUGAUCCUCCUGGGUGCCAUCGGAAAACGGGGAAAACGAAAUGUCUACAUAAGUUAUUUGUUAUUUAAUUUUAAGUGGUUUUAUAUGAGACAAAUUAAUUAAUUUUUUUUAUACCUAGAGUGGUGUUGUUAUGUUGUUGAUAUUUCGCUUAAUAGCAAUGUGAAUUAAAAGGACGUAGCAGAUGUUCGUUUUUUUCUGAAUGCAAUCCCGAGCAAAUCCGGUUUUAUUUGAAGGUAAAGUAUAAAAUAAAUACAUUUAUUUUAACCAAGAUUUAUCCAAAUAGGCAACUUUUAUAACGAAUCUUUAAAGACAGAAGAGUUAUCCAUGAUUUACCACAAUGGCUCCGUAAAAGACGAAAGAUUCAAGAAAAUGUACUUUUUUUUAUCUCGUAAAAUUUGUUAAAUUGUUGUUGUAUUCCAAUAAAAAUAUGAUAUUUUACUUUUAAAAUACUUUUUAUAAACAAUACACAUAAGUUUACAUGAUAAAAUACGAAAUACGCUAAGAAAUAAAAUACGCACCUGAACUGCACUUUUACCAACUUUCGUUAGUGCAAAAACCCAGAGGGGAAAGAGAGAAUGUGCUGUUUUAGCUACUUACAGAGUAAAGAGGGAAACGAAAAUAGGAACAAAACUUUAAAAUUUAAUGGCAUCCUUUCUUUGCAAUAACGACACCCCCCCCCCCCUGCUUAUCUCCUAGCAUAAUUUCAGCUAGUAGUAGUAGCCUACUUAUUAACUUAUUCGAAGUGUCUACAUGUCCGGCGCGCUGGACAAAUAGUGUGUGUGAUAUACGCCCGGCAGGCAUGUCGUCGUUAUUAUUCCGAGCGAAGCAACUAUUUGGAAGAUCUUGUGUGGUCUUGUGGUAGAGUGGUUGCUUGACGAUAUAAUAGUUGUGGAUCAAUGCCCAGUAAGGGAUCGUUCUUUCCCUCCCCCCCCCAUUUUAAUGUAAAAUAUUUACAUUAUAUUUAUAUUAUCAUGUUUAUCAGCAACAGUAGUUUCAUGAGUAGUUUUUAAAUAUUUUGUAGUAAUAUAAAAAAUUUAAAAUGAAAUCUUUUACUUUUAUUGGUUGCCUACUCCAUACUAAUACUGACAACUGGCCCCUAAUUUAUUUUAUGGAUUACUGGUACACAAACUCAAAUAACAAAAUAAACAAAAAUGUGUAGACACUGCCUAACUUAUUAUAUGGGGCAAGAAUAUUGCUCUCUUCCCUCCAAUUCACUAAUUGUAAUGAAACACAUGUCAGACAAAUGUAAUAAUGAAGAAAAACAAUACAAAAUAUUUUAAAUACUGAAAAAUCACACUUUUACACACUUUAUUGCAGGUCUGCCAUCAUAGCUACAAAGGUGGUGGGCAUGGGAAAAAGAAGUGCAAAAACACUGGCAUAAAUUUACCAAAAUUUCACAUUUAAAAAAAUUAAUUUUAACAAUUUUAUGCACUUAUACUAUAAACUAUAGGCCUACCUACAUAAAUUUUAUUCUACCGAGCUAUGUACUAUGUAUUAUCAGUGUAUUUAAUAUGUAUAUGAUAUGGCUAUUUUAUUUUUCUCUAUUUAACUCUUAGUCACGCUCAUUAUGCUUGUAUAAUUUUUAUUAAUAUAUAUUUCAACUUUGGCACAUGCCUAAUUAAUUAAAGCUUUCCCUGAUCAAUGGUUUAAUAGUAAUUGCACAAUUUAAACUAUUUUGAAAGAAACUCUGAGAAUAAUAAUGAUACUAUAUUAUAAUGUUACAGUAAUCAUGCAAGUUUCUGUGAUUGGUUGUUGCCCAUGACGAGUGCACACAGCAAAUUAUGUUAAUUUUAAAUAUGGACUAUGCAGUGUUUUUAAACAUCAAAUUAAAAUAUUCUUGUUACAUGCCUUCUCAUUUCCUUUAAAAAAACACAUACAAAAUAACAGUUUUAUAUUUUAUAAGUAAAGGUUAUUUCCGCCAUUGAAAAACUGGGUGUUGUCUAAAUUAGACUAAGCCACCUUACAAUGAUGUAUUAUGCAAGUGGAACACAACCGACCUCAAUGAGAAUUUGAACAAAAUAUACACCAAUAUAUGCUGCUCUCCCAGAUUUAACCCCUCUAGUAUUGCCCUACUUGUUUGCUAUCACUACCAACUAUUACUUUGUUAAUUAUUCCCUGUGGCCCAGACAUUAUUUUGGAAUGAGCCACAAUUUGAUAGGUUUGCAAAUUAUUUUGUAACUUUUUUUGUUUUAAACAAUCGAUCAUAACAUUUAGAGAAUUAUCUGUUCAGCAAUGGAUAAGGGUGUUAAAAAUACUGUGCUUUGUUUACACUUUUCAUUGGCAAUGGCACAAUAGAGGAUUAUUAGAAGUUUUCUUCUUCUAUAUCUUAAGGGCCCACGAUCAAUUUAUUGAUCAUUUUGGCUCCUAUGCAUGUAGAUGGGAUUUGCAAUGUUUCUUUUACUGGUGGUGAUGAGGAAAUUAUGCACUAGGGGUUUGAAGGCUUGAGGCAAUAGACACAAAUGUGUCUAGUGUUGUCGCCUCAACUGUUCCUUUUGAAAGAUGGUUCCAGUCCCUGAUUGUCUUGGGCAGGAAUGAGCAGCUCCUAUACUGGCUUCUUGCUGGUAUGAGCCUGAAUUGCCUGUCAUGGCCUCGUCGCUGUCUAUGGGGGAGAGGGACGAGUUUCUGUUUAAUACUGGAACAGUGGACCAGCCCAUUAUUUAUCUUGUACAUCAUGGAGAGCCUGGAUUGUCGUCGUCGUUUCUCCAAUGGUGACCAGCCUAGUGUUUCUAGCAUGCUGCCAACACUAGAGGUAUUCCUGUAGCGGUUUAGGACAAAGCGUGCUGCUCGUCGCUGGACCGCCUCCAACCUGUCAAUGCUCUUCUGGGUAAAUGGGUCCCAGACUGAAGAUGCAUAAUCUAAAAUCGGACGGAUAAAGGCUUUAUAUGCUCUUUCUUUCACACAGGAGUUGCCAAUCUUUAGAUUUCGCCUUAAGAACCCCAAGGCUUGGUUUGCUUGGUUACAUACAUUGUUAAUAUGCUCGUCCCAGCGGACCUCUCUUUGAAUGGUAACACCCAGGUACUUUACGGAGGAAACUUGCUCAAGUAUAUGGCCGUGCAGUUCGUAUUGGUAGUGUAGAGAUUGAUAGUGUCUGGCACUUGGCAGGGUGAAAUUCCAUGUCCCAGCUCAUCUCCCACUCAGCUAACAGAUUGAGAUCCUGUUGUAGCUGGUCCUGGUCAGAUCUGUUGGUUUUAGAAGGUAUAUUUAUAUUUAUAUCUCGUCAGUGGCACUACAGCACAUGUAGGCCUCUAGCCCUCUCCAUCACAUUCUUCCAUUUAGAUUGAUCCAUGGCUUUCCGCUUCCAUGCUUGGACCCCCAGCUGAUGUAAGUCCUUCUCUACAUCAUCAAUCCAUCUCAGUCUUGGUCAACUGGUGAACCAUCUGCCCCUUGGUUUCUGCCUGUAGCAGUUUCUUGGUUUUUGAGUUUGCUUUUGAUUUUUUAUGUGACAUGGUGGUCAGCCCUGAAACAACCAUCUGAGGGGAUGCCACGUACACAUCUCAGGAUAACUGCCUUUGUUUUGAGUCUGUGCAUAUCCUUUUUGGAUCUGAUUUUGGUCCACUCAGGGCAUUUUAUUUCACCAGUACCCAUCAUAUCUGGUGGGCUUUCCCCUAUCCGCCUCCUGGGGAGUUGUUUAAUGAAAGAUCGGUAUCUCAACACAGAUAAAUUAUUUAUAUAUAUGUGUUUGUGUGUGUAAAUGUGUGUGUGGGUAUAUUUAUAAAUAUGUGUUUGUGCAUGUGUAUAUAUAUAUACAUUGCCAUGUGAAUAUUAAAAUUUCAUUAAGCUUUACUUCUUUCUCCAAAUAAUAAUAUUCAAAAGUGAGUCUAGUGUAUUGAAAAAUAGCAUAAUUCUUUUUUCAAACACUUAAAUUUAAAUGAAAAUCAGUAUGUUGAUGCAUAUUUUUUUUCAGAAACAGUUCAACAGAUUUCAAGAUGUUCAAGUACAUUUAACCAGACGCAAUCAGAAAAAUUCAGAACAGCAUUUAGAACAGAAAUAAAUGACCCUGUAAGUAUCUAUUUGGAUUUAAUGUUAUUAGAGUAAAAUAAAUGAUAAUUUUCUUUGAAAUAAACAACCCUGAAUAAUAAAAAAAAAAAGGAGCACCAAAAAUCCAGUGCUCCCUUGAAGACAGUUGAAGUGCAUGUUGAAGAGGGGAAAAAAACAACCAAAAACCUCAGAGAUGAGGAGGUUAAAUAGAACUGGUGCAAAUGGAUUUAAAAUUAUAUUUUAAUAUUUAAGGCUUCUCCUUAUUUUGUUUGGUAUUUAUUUUAGCAACAAAUAUAUUUCUUCUCGUAAACAGAGGCAUCACACUCUAGACCAUGUUGGAUUGUACUAUCAGAUCCCUCAAGAAGAAGUAAAUGGAGUUCUCAAAACGACUAUUAAGGAAUCGGAUAUGCGUUUGGUAAACUUUCAUGAUGAGCUGGGGGGGGGGGGGUUUUUUUUUUUAUCAACAGCUGUAGUCACUUAAUUAUAUUUUUUUAAGAAUGUGUUUGCCUUUAAAGUAAUAUUUGAAGAGGAAAAAAUGAAGAAAGUAUAUAUGCGUUUGGUAAACUUUCAUGAUGAGCUGGGGGGGGGGGGAUUUUUUAUUUAUCAACAGCUGUAGUCCCUUAAUUAUAUUUCUUUAAGAAUGUGUAUGCCUAUAAAGUAAUAUUUGAAGAGGAAAAAAUGAAGAAAGUAUCUGAAAAUAUGUUAAUAACCAUUUCUUGUGGUGUGUAAAAUUGUAAGUGAAAGUUUACCGGUGUUACUUUGUUUAGAAACUAUGUGAGUAGUAAAGUGGUGAAAACUUAAAAUCAAUUUAAGUUUAAGUGUUUUAAAAGAAAUAUUUUAAUAAUUUUUUUUUUUAACAGAUGAAGACUUUCAAUGAAUAUUGCCUUAUGGUAAGAAAACCUGCUCUAGAGCUAAAUGGCUACAUCAAGAACUUCAACUUAAAUCAUCCAGUGCCAAGAUUUUUACUUUGUAUCCUUUUGUUAAAGCUUGGGAUUAAAUGAAUUCAAAGAGUAUUUAUGUUUAUUAAUAUCUAUAAAAUAGUAACAAAAUUUAUUUAAAAAUUAUCAUUUGCAUGAAAUUUUCUCUGGAUACACACUUUGUCCCUUAUCUAAACGCAGAUGGACUGAAAGGGGCUGGUAAAACAUGCAUUAUGCAAUACACUAUGCAACAUUUUCACAGAGAGAAUUGGAUUAUUUUGCAUGUUCCAUGGGGUAAGAAAACCUUAUGAUUUAGACUUUUUUUUUUUUAAAUUUUAUUUUCCUUGUGUUUUUUCGCUCAGGCCAUAUAGCCAUUAACAUUUGUAUGUUCUUUAUUUGCUAAAGACUAUUUUUUUAAUAUUGCAAAGGGUAAAACAAUGUUUGAUACCCAACUUGUGAAAUUUUUUGUUAUUUUAAAAUUUACAUUGUUACAACUUACAAUACAAAAAUAAAGUGCAAAGGUAAUCAUGGCUUGAAAUAAAGUCAGUUCCCCCCACACGCUCUCUUAAAGCCCCUUGCUGUAUCACUUGGCAAUGAUUACUUAAGUAAAGAUUAUCUGAUGUUUGUUUUUUUUUUUGAAGUUUAAGUUAUUUAAAACCUUUAAAAAACUCUUUUCAAUUUGAAAUUUGACUUUGAGCAGUGUAAAAGUUGUGUUUAUACUGUUGUUAGAAUGGAAAAUAAGGUGAUUUAAAUGCACACCAUAUGAUUUUAUGAUCCAGAGUAUGGUGCUAUUAACUUUUUAUUAACAAUAACCUAUAUCUCUGCCCCUAGCUGGUCGGUGGGUCCGAGGAUGGUACAAAGAAGUAUCAGAAUCAAGUUAUAAGCCAGGAAGAUAUGAUACCCCAACAGAUGGUGCAGAAUGGCUUGAGCUUUUCAAAACUCAAAAUCAAGGAAAACUUAAAAAUUUGAAAGUAAGUGAAGGAAAAUAGAGGUCCCGAUUUAUUUGUAACAAGACCACAAAUGCUUUUAAGCUUUAACCUUAGCUUGCAAGCUAUAAUUAGUCUCCAGAUAUCAUCACAGAUACUUUAGUUUUGAUGAGGGUGUUAAAGCAAGAAAAUAAAUUUAUAAAACAUUUAAAGAAGCAUGCCAUUUUUAAAUGAUUCUUUUGAACUGUUAUGGGAUAAAAUUAAAAUUUCUCAAUUGAAGUACACUCAGUAACUAUCUUUACAUAUCCUUAUGCUGCUUUAAGCAAACUUUGUGAAAGAACAGAAUCUACAUGAGUGUUUUGUUGUUCUGGGGUAUUUGUUAGAGUUUGUGAUCCCUGUUUUAGCUUUUUCAAGAAAAUCAUUUGAUGAAUCAUAUCUUUAAAAUUCUGUUUAAAAUGCUCUAUUUUCAGACAACUUCAGAAUAUAUUUGGACCAAAAGAGAAAAAGCGGAAAUUGGGACACCUCUGGAGGAAAUAAUAAACUUUGUAUGUUGAAAUUUUUAGCUAAUCUUAAUAAAUUUAAUUUCCUCUGCCCGUUGCAUUAUUUUGCAAGGUAUCAGUUCCGAGUAUUUGGUGUUGAAAUAAGGAAAAUCCAAAUUCCAGAACCAUUACCUGGUGCCUUUGGGAUACCUAAAAAUAUGCACCUAAACUUAAACCAAAUACUGCCCCAUCAGAACAACCAAUAUGUCCCAUAAAAUGAAUUUACAACUGCACUGGUGAAACACGCAGAAGUUGGCAGAGUUGCUAUCUGUGGCACACAUUCUUGCUCAACUUUGACAUCAAGACAGUUGUUUAAGUAAUUUUGGUUCAAAAAGAUUAAAAGAAAGAGCACACCCUAUAUGCUCAUGUGCACUUUUAGCACUUGCAUUGAUUUUGUUUGAUUAUUAUCCCAGAUGGGCAUCCAUAUAUUCAAUUCCAAUGUCUUAAAGGUAUCAUGUCUAGUUAACUAAUCACUUCAAAGUUUAAUUAUGAUAACUUUGCAUGUUGUAUAAGUAGAUAAAAAUACUCGGAUUAAAUUCCAAAUCCCACUCAGAAUGUUCUUGUUACUGCUUAUCAUAUAAUUUUUUGGACGUACAAAAAAAAUAGUACCGGGUAAACACUUCCGGUGAUCAGUGCACCUAUUGACUAAAAUGAAGGCCUUCCAAAAAUGGAGUAUUAAAUGAAAUUUAAAUUAUAUUUAUACUCUUAAAAUCAUAUUUAUAUUAUAUAUAUAUCUAUAUCUCUUCCUCUAGGGACAGACUCGAAUUAAGUUCUCUUCUGACUGUGCAGGAGUUAUCUUGAAAGAACUGAGGAAACAGGCACCUUUAUUAGGGUUUGUAUGGUGGUUAUAUUUAGGCAUUUAAUAAACUGUUCUGAUCUUGCUCUUAACCCUAGAACUGUUAUAACGGCAGAUGAAUAUGCGAAUGAUUUAAUGUAUAUUAGUUAACGAGAAAUCACUCUAUACAAAUGAGUUUGCUUUCUAUUGUCAAUACAAUCUGUGUGUUUAGGAGCUUUUGUCAGGGAUAUAAAUCAGGUGCGAAAUUUUCUAAAAUGUGUUGACUGCCAUAAGUUCUGAUGCGGGAGAGGCCCCUCCCCCCCCCCUGGAUUGCAAAAUCAACACAGAAUUUCUGUAUUGAAAUAAUUUUAUAUGGAUUAAAAUGAAAGCAAUAAUUUCAGAAAUAUUCCACAUACUAGUAACGAUAGUAUUAGCUCUAGCAGUGAUUGCGACAAAAGAGUCAGAUAUUGACAAUUUUAGUCCUAAGCUUAGUCGAAUUGUUACAGACAAAUUCAUUUGGGAAAGGGUGGAAAUCAAACAGAAAAGACAAAGAUUGGAUCCUAAAACCAACCCUAAAGAGAUUCAAAGACAUUUAUGUUUGUGUAUAUUUUGGAGUAUUAAUUAAUUCAAAAAUGGAUUUAAUAUCUUCAAUUAAAAAGGAAUUUUUGAACUCAAUUCAUGCUUUCUCAGUUAUAUUUUGUAUGAAAGAAAUUUGAAAUAGUGAAUGAAAAAAAUUUACCAAUAAUACAAUUUUCAAUAUAAGGACAAUUUCUGAUAGAAUAUUGCAUCUAGUAUCUCAAAAACAGGAUUUUAUAAUAGUUUGAAAAAUUUUAUGGAGUAUUAGGUUGGGUUAAAUGAAGAAGUUGAGUGGUAAAAUUUUACUAACCCUGUAAAGGUCAAUAUCAACAUGCAUAAUAUAAAAACAAAUUCUUUUCAAACCAUAAGACACCUUAUCCAACGUACUUUCAUAAAAUGUAUACUAGUAGGGGUUUCUGAAUUCAUUUAGUAUGAAAUUUUCUCAUAUUUGACAAGCAUAGGACAAUGCUAAAAAUGGCUUAACGAUACAGAAAAAGUGCACUUGGCCCAGUUAUAGGGUUAAAAUUCAAUAACUAAAUUAAUAGUUAAAUUUUAAAGAAAAUUUUAAAAUACAUUUUCAAUUUAGUAUUUACAAGGACAACAUGAGCAAAAGCUACCUAAAAUGUACCAUAUAAAUAACAUAAAGACAUUUAAAGAAAAUGUAACUGCUUUUAAUUAAAGAUAGAUUUUGAAACAACCACAUUCAUUCUUUCUACAGGUUGAAGGUUCUAGUGGCAGUUGGGGCCGUCAAUGCUUUCUAUGUUCAGUGGGAUAUGUUAAAUGCUUUAAAAAAUUCUGAGAAGAAAAGGGUAUAAAGUAGAACAGUUUGUACAUUAUUGGCUAUGUCCAAAAUAUAUUUACCCCUGUUAAAAAUUAUUGUUACAAUGUAUGCAUUGUGCAAACCACAAUAUUAAAUUCUAAAUACCUAUUUAUUAAUUUAGUGUGCUUCUACACCAUUAAUUUUUUUAAAAUUAAGCUUCAUGAAUUGUCAAUUGAUAGUAUUUUAAAAUAUUUUUCAGCUUCAGCCUGGUGAAAUAUCUCUCAUUCAUAACUUCAAGAAAAUGCUUAGCCCAACAUGGGUAAAUAUAUAUAUUUUUUUUUAAACUUACCAAUUAGCCUCAUCUGUUAAUCUAGACACACUAACUUUUUUUUUUUUUUCAAACCAAAAAUCCAUUCCAAAAUUUAUUUUUUUUCCUUUUUUUUCCUCUAGUGUUUCUGUAUAUUUGCUUAUUUUGGUUAACUUCAUUUUGCAGACUCAUGGUGUAGCAGUGUGCACUGCUGAUGUAUUUGCAAACAGUGAACUUACAAGAGAAAACUACACCCCUCUUUAUGUGUUGAAACAGGAGGUAGAUAGAUUUAUGGUUUUUAAUUAUUUUCCACAUAUUUCUUACUAUAUACUCACUCUUAAGCAAAUAUUCUUAUAAAUAUUUCGAAGGAAUAAAUGGGAUUUUGGCCUUUGAGGGGGUCAAAGGAGAUUUUAAUAAUUUUCCCUAAGUUUAUUGAUUCAAUAAAAGAAAACAAUGUUGAAAAAAGUAAUUAACUGAAGUCAACUUAAACUUAAAGCCAUAUGCUGUGUGAAAAAAUUGAGUCACAAUUUUUGUCCUCAAUUAGCAGUUUCAAUGAUUGGAUGUGAUUAGAGAGUAUCAAAGUACUCAUAUUGAAUAAUGAAAUAUCAGAAUGGCAUAUUUGAUACGAUCAUAGAAGCAGUUGAAAUCUAUUUUGAGAAUGAUCAGAGUAAUUCAAGCUUUGAUAUGGUUUGCAAUCUGCAUUUAUGCAAACUUGUUAAUAUUUAUAGCAGAAUAGACCCAUGGAAAGACAAAUGGACAACAUAUUUCUUAGUCAUCUGUUUUUGGAAAUGUUCAGCAUGGAAGCGAGUAGCGGUAUCUGUCUUAUACUUUAUGUUUAAUAGUUUUUAAGUCUUUUAGCUACACAAUAAUUAUUUUAAAAUGUCUCGAUUUAAAAACAAAAGCUGUUUUCUUUAGAUGAGAUAAGAUACUUUUAUUGAUCCAAAUAAAUGGAAAUUUGUUGUUUUAUCAUUCAUCAUAGAUAUCUUUUCAGUCUUGUUGGAGCUUUUCGUUGUUCUUUAAAAUUAGUCUGUAGCAAAACUUUUGUCAAAUAGUUGUGGUGUAUGAAUAACUAUUAAGUUCCUGAGCGUGCAUUGUAAUUUUGAACAGAGUCUUGGUUUUUGUUUGAACGGAGCUCUUGUUUUUUUCCCCAAGAACAUGGACACUCAUGUCUGUAGCUAAUUUGUCUUUGGAUGGUUGUCAUAUGUCAGAAAAGAUAAUUUGGAAUGGGAAAACAUGAAUGGUACAACGCCAAAAGUUACCAGAUAAGCGUAUCAGUCUACCUAACAUGUCGCAAGACACAUGCUGAAGACCAGGGUCUUGUGAAGCAGAUUGAAGUGGGCUCUCGCUCCUUGCGCCAAAUUGUUUUUUUACUUGUCGAUUUGUGUUUUUAAUAUUGUAAACCUUAUGUCGGCUUAAGAGGGCAUUAGGCACUUUUCAGGCUAUUCCCUGCCAAAACUAGAGGGGUCGGCUUAUGAAUGAACAGGCUGUAGAUUGAGUAUAUACAAUAGUUUUUUCUGGAUAGUGCUUUCUUUCUCACUGAACAUUUAUCCAUUGAAAUAUUUUUUUAAAAUUUAAUUAAAAAUGUGCAUAUGCUUUCCUAAAACAAUUAAAAACAUCCUUCAUUACUAAAUAAAUGUAAAUCUCUAGUUUUCUGGUACCUAAAAAAAAAGUAGAAAUUAAACUAUUUACAAAUUUUGACCAUUUUUAUAUCUUGAAAAUGGUAUUUUAUCCUUUUGCUACUAUUAAACUAUAUAUGCCUAACUUUUCAUUUUUAGGGAUUUGAAGCCUUGGACCCAUUUGUGCCAAUCUUGGUACCUGAGUACACAGACAAGGAGGCUCUCAGCAACAUUAACUAUUUUAUAGAUCACAACUGGAUACAGAAUGACCAUGGUAUGUAAAUGUGCCAACAAAAUUUAAUGAAGUAAUGACUGCUCUGUUCUUUAGAAAUUUUUUGUUUCAUUCAUGCUUGAUUAUCUUGUAAUUGUUUUAGUUUGUUAAAUUUACUGUCUGACAUGGUGUGUGAUCUUAAUCUUAUGCUAAUCACUGAUGAAAAUUUAUGUAGCUUCAUAAAAUUUCGUGAUAAUCCAUUUACGGUAUCUCUUUUUUUUUUUGAACAGGUAAAACUGAUGAAGGCAAAAAAGAAAUCAUAUUUGUCAGCAAUCAUAAUCCUUUAAGUUUGCAUAAAAUUUGCUCAUCCUUGUAGCUUUAAUAUGAAUUUGAAUAAAUGCUGACUCCUGUUAAAACCAAAAUGUUUAAAGUAACAGCUUUGUUCAUAGUUUAUUUAGCAGCUGUUGUAGACUAGACUAAUAAUAGAUUUUUGUCCAUAAUUAGUGGGCAUUUUAUUUCAAUUUUAAAGAAUGCUGCAUCGUAAAUGUUGGCACUGAAAAUUAUUUAGGAUGAUCAAAUGAAAUUUGCUAGUUUAUUUAUUUUGUUCAAAGCGUUAGCUUUGGUGCCAAGAGUUUCCUUGGUCAUUUCAGUGAAUAAAUAAUGAAAAUAAAGACAAUAUAAUUUUUUUAAGGAUCAUGUGAUAUUCACAGGAAAUAACUUUAUUCAUACUGACUAAAAAAACUCUAUUACAGAGUAUAUAAACAAUUUUAACGAUGAUCCUCUGAAAGAAGUUGAGGAAUAUUAUCAAAAUUUCCAUCAAGAAAUAAAAAAUUUGUUUGAAACAAAUAGAAGUUUAGUUUACAUGUGCAAAUAUUAAUAAUAAUUUUCUUUGGUUGUAAUUUUGAUUAUUUUAAAAAGAACAGUGAUUAACAAAUUAUUUUUCAUGUCUCCAUUUAAAAUUAAACUGGCAAAUAUGAGGAAAGCAAAUAAAAAUACGACAUUUGAAGUACAGUAGUUACAAUAUCGAGGAUGUCUUGAUACAGUUAUGUCCAAUUAACAAAAAGUGUAAUUGCAUUUUAUUCAAAAAUGGAUUUUAUUAGACUUUUCAUAGAAAUAAAUGGGGGAAUAAAUUGUUCAAAGAUUUCUCUUAAAAAGUGGAAUUAAAAAAGUAUUUUUCAAAGUGAUAACAAAUAAUAUACACUUAAAGUAGAAUGAAAAAAAUGUAAUAAGGUAUCGGGAAGAGGGAGGGACGCAACAAUACACCAGAAUAUGGUAUACAGGUUAGUCAGGAGUAGAAACGUAGAU